UGAAUAUCACACGGCAACAGCGCACGUAAAAAGACGUUUGUCAAAAAGCGGGAGUAAACAGUUUGUUGUCAAUAUGCAUUCGUUUUUAAAAUCUGGAAAACUUGGAGAAGCCGGUAGCAGUAAUUCCCCCACUUCUGGCAGUGCAAAGAAGAGGCUUAAGAAAUUACAAUGGGUGGAAAAAUACAGGCCCAAAACCGUGGAGGAUGUUGUAGAACAAAAAGACGUGGUGGCUGUAUUAAAAGAAUGUAUCUCGGGGGCUGAUUUGCCCAAUAUGUUGUUUUAUGGCCCUCCUGGAACGGGAAAGACUAGCACUAUUUUAGCAGCAGCACAUCAGCUGUUUGGAGAUUUAUACAAAGAUAGAAUUUUAGAGCUUAACGCCUCAGAUGAAAGAGGUAUACAAGUAAUAAGGGAUAAAAUCAAGACCUUCUCCCAGUUAACAGUAUGCAGUGCAAGAGCAGAUGGCAACCCAUGCCCAGCUUUAAAGAUAAUUAUUCUUGAUGAGGCUGAUGCCAUGACGCAAGCUGCCCAGGCAGCGUUGAGGCGCACUAUGGAAAAAGAAACCAAAACCACAAGAUUUUGCCUUUUGUGCAACUAUGUUUCGAGGAUCAUUGAACCUCUCACUUCCAGGUGCACAAAAUUUCGUUUUAAGCCUUUAAAUCAGUCUUUCAUCUUGGAGAGAUUGCAAGCUAUUUGCAAGCAAGAGAAGGUCCUGGUAGCUGAGAAUAUACUGAAUGUUUUGGUGCAAGAAAGUGGGGGAGACAUGAGAAGGGCUAUCACUGCCCUGCAAAGUUGUGCAAAUCUGCAAGGAAAAAACAGUCACAUCACUUUGGAAAACGUUUACGAGGUUCUCACAGUAGUCCCGGAAAAGUGGGUUGCAAACUUCUUGGAUUUAUGUAGAAAGCCCACAGACAUCAAGCAAAUUAUUCAAUUUAUCAACGAGUUGGAACAACAAGCUUAUCCCACUCAUAAAAUAUUUGAACAGCUAAACGUCUUGCUGAUUGAAUCGGAUACAAUAAGCGAACCGCUCAAGGCAGAAAUAGGCGAAUACCUUGCUGAGUCCAGUUUCCGCAGUACAUGCAGUAGGGCGGACUUCACCCACUUGUUAGAUUUUGCUGUUCACACUCAAGAAAUUCUUACAGUGGAUCCAGAAGCGAGAAAGUGGGAACAACAGGAAAAUGCCAAGUGUACAACCAUCCAAGGUCUUGUGUAAUUUUCAAAAAUGUAUUUAAUAUUUAACUGUUAGAAUACAAAAAAAUAAUGUUUUUUUCAAGGAUCAAUUUAUAAUAAUAUACAAAUAAUUUUACGGGUUUCCACAGAUCCGUUAUAA